AUGAAAUUUCCAAUCGAGACUCCAAGAAAACAGGUGAACUGGGAUCCUCAAGUGGCUGUUCCCUCACCGGUGCCAGCUUGUGAACCCGAGCCCAAAACUAACGGGCAUUACGCAGCUCCACGACUCUCCAUUUCUUCCCGAGCCACUGUUGUUGCGACCAUGGAAGCCCCUUCUCAAGGCCUGCAGACAGUCAUGAAGUGGAAAACAGUGGUGGCCAUCUUUGUCGUGGUGGUAGUUUACCUGGUGACAGGAGGACUUGUCUUCCGUGCCCUAGAGCAGCCCUUUGAAAGCAAGCAGAAGAACACAAUUGCUCUAGAGAAGGCUGACUUUCUUCGGGAGCAUGUUUGUGUAACCCAGCUAGAGCUGGACACGCUGAUUCAGCAUGCUAUUGAUGCUGAUAAUGCAGGAGUCAGUCCCAUAGGAAAUUCAUCUAACAACAGCAGUCAUUGGGACCUUGGAAGUGCCUUUUUCUUCGCUGGAACAGUCAUCACAACAAUAGGGUAUGGGAACAUUGCCCCAAGCACUGUUGGAGGCAAAGUUUUCUGCAUCUUGUAUGCCAUCUUUGGGAUUCCACUGUUCGGCUUCUUGCUGGCUGGGAUUGGAGACCAACUUGGAACCAUCUUUGGGAAGGGUAUCGCAAGGGUGGAAAAAGUUUUCAGAAAGAAGCAAGUGAGUCAAACAAAGAUCCGGGUGAUCUCUACCAUCCUCUUCAUCCUGGCAGGCUGCAUUGUCUUUGUGACCAUUCCUGCAGUGAUCUUCAAACACAUCGAGGGAUGGACAGCCUUGGAGUCCAUCUAUUUUGUGGUUGUCACUCUGACUACUGUUGGCUUCGGUGACUUCGUGGCAGGUGGAAAUGCUGACAUCCAUUACCGGGAGUGGUAUAAGCCCUUAGUGUGGUUCUGGAUCCUUGUUGGCCUUGCCUAUUUUGCUGCUGUCCUGAGUAUGAUUGGAGACUGGUUAAGAGUCCUGUCCAAGAAGACAAAAGAAGAGGUUGGAGAAAUAAAAGCCCACGCAGCAGAGUGGAAAGCGAACGUCACGGCUGAGUUCAGAGAGACACGGAGGCGGCUCAGUGUGGAGAUCCAUGACAAACUUCAGCGGGCAGCCACCAUCCGGAGCAUGGAGCGCAGGCGCCUGGGCCUGGACCAGCGAGCCCAUUCCUUAGACAUGCUCUCUCCAGAGAAGCGCUCUGUCUUUACUGCCUUGGAAACAGGACGCUUCAAGGCCUCAUCUCAGGAAAGCAUCAACAACAGGCCUAACAACCUGCGCCUUAAAGGGUCAGAUCAGCUCAACAAGCACGGGCAGGGGGCAUCCGAGGACAACAUCAUUAACAAGUUUGGAUCGUCUGCUAAAAUGACUAAAAGGAAAAACAAGGACCUCAAAAAGACCAUCCCCGAGGAUGUGCGUAAAAUUUAUGAGACCUUCCGAAACUACUCCUUGGAUGAAGAAAAAAAGGAAGAGGAGACGGAGAAGAUGUGUAAUUCUGAGAACUCUUCUAGCACUGCAGUCCUGACCAACUGCAUUCAGCAGCACUCAGACCUGGAGAAUGGAGUGAUCCCCAAUGAAACCAAAGAAAGGGAACAUGAAAACAAUGCGUUACUUGAAGACAGAAAUUAAAUGUAAAAGAUGCUUGACUUGAAUUAACAAUGUUAGUGUUUUUAUAUACAUAUAUAUAUUGAGACACGUGCCUUAUACAGACUCCUUAUUCAGUCUGAAUUAUAUAGCAUCGAAGAAUAUUUCACUGUGCCAUAAAGACUCAAGCUUGCUCUGCCAAAACAAAUCAGGAACACAGCACUGCAGAAUGGCAACAGAAAGCUACGCACAUGGAAAUUUCAGCCUGUAUAAGAUUACCAGGGCAAGACACAAAGGAAGAGAUUGAACCAUGGCAAUAUCACCAGAGUGCUACUACCAUGGCAUAAUAUUAGACAAAGGGCAGCUAUGUAAGAAGAGCCUUUCAAAGGGAUGAAAAAGAGAGUAUCUUUGUAAUGGAGUAUGCAUCCAUAAAGCCUUCCCCUGGUGAUUAAAAAGAGGAGAAAUUAUUGGAGUGAACUAGAAACUUUCAGUAAAGCUUAGUUUA